CCUAUCCAGACCUGUAAGAGGAGCACGCCAGGAGCCAGGAUAGCACUCUCCACCAGCAAAAAUCCACAAGUAACAAGAAGACACAGCAAAGCAGAACCUCUUUGACAAGAUGGUGCUGGAAACCCUGAACCCGAUGCACUACAACAUCACCAGCCUGGUACCGGACACGAUGCCCGUGGCCACCGUGCCCAUACUCAUCCUCAUGUGCUUUCUCUUUCUCAUAUGGAAUCAUGAAGAGACUUCAUCAAUACCAGGGCCAGGAUACUGCAUGGGAAUCGGCCCCCUGAUCUCUCAUGGCAGAUUUCUCUGGAUGGGAGUUGGGAAUGCCUGCAACUACUACAAUAAGACAUAUGGAGAAUUUGUGAGAGUUUGGAUCAGCGGUGAAGAAACAUUUAUAAUUAGCAAAUCCUCAAGUGUGUUCCACGUAAUGAAGCACUGGCAUUACGUGUCUCGAUUUGGGAGCAAGCUCGGAUUACAGUGCAUUGGCAUGUACGAGAAUGGGAUCAUAUUUAACAACAACCCAGCACACUGGAAAGAAAUUCGCCCCUUUUUCACCAAAGCUCUGUCUGGCCCCGGGCUGGUGCGGAUGAUCGCCAUUUGCGUGGAGUCAACCAUCGGCCACCUGGACCGGCUGCAGGAGGAAACCACGGAGCUGGGCAACAUCAACGUGCUCAACCUCAUGAGGCGGAUCAUGCUCGACACAUCCAACAAGCUCUUCCUCGGGGUCCCUCUGGAUGAAAAUGCCAUUGUGCUUAAGAUUCAGAACUACUUUGAUGCCUGGCAAGCACUUUUAUUAAAGCCUGAUAUAUUUUUUAAGAUUUCUUGGCUGUGCAAGAAGUACAAAGAUGCAGCCAAGGAUCUUAAAGGAGCAAUGGAAACCUUAAUAGAACAGAAACGACAAAAGCUUUCCACUGUGGAAAAGUUGGACGAACACAUGGAUUUUGCAUCCCAGUUGAUUUUUGCACAGAACAGAGGGGAUCUGACUGCUGAGAAUGUGAACCAGUGUGUGCUGGAGAUGAUGAUUGCUGCUCCUGACACUCUGUCUGUGACUCUCUUCUUUAUGCUAAUCCUGAUUGCAGAGCACCCCACAGUGGAAGAGGAGAUGAUGAGAGAAAUAGAAGCUGUUGUGGGCGACAGAGACAUCCAAAGUGAUGACAUGCCAAACUUAAAAACUGUGGAGAAUUUUAUUUAUGAGAGCAUGAGAUACCAGCCAGUGGUGGACUUGAUCAUGAGGAAAGCGUUACAGGACGAUGUCAUUGACGGCUACCCUGUGAAAAAGGGCACAAACAUCAUCCUCAAUAUCGGCCGGAUGCACAAACUCGAAUUCUUCCCAAAGCCAAACGAGUUUUCUCUUGAAAAUUUUGAGAAAAAUGUCCCUUCCCGCUAUUUCCAACCCUUUGGCUUCGGCCCCCGGAGCUGCGUGGGGAAGUUCAUUGCCAUGGUCAUGAUGAAGGCAAUCCUAGUGACUCUUCUGAGGCGCUGCAGGGUACAGACAAUGAAAGGAAGAGGCCUGAACAACAUCCAGAAAAACAAUGACUUAUCCAUGCACCCCAUAGAAAGGCAGCCUCUGCUGGAGAUGGUUUUUACACCCAGAAGAAAUGCAAACGAGAAUCAGGGUGAUAGAAUGGAUCAGCGCUAAAAGUUACAGGAUUUUUCAGCCACUAAGAAAUAUUCAUCAUUCCUAGUUCAAUACAGAAAGUAAAACAUUUUUUACCCCCAAAUGACUUCAGGUGACACCUUGUUUUGCCUGUGCAGCAGAACCACAGGCUACAAUUGGAAAGACUGAAAGUAGAGAAUAGUUUUGUUGCAGAUGAAGCCAUGCCAUACAACUCCUGAUUACUUUUUCAAACCAUAGAGUUCAGACAAAGUUAUGCCUUCCCUUUCAAACACUGCCAGUUCAGAGGUUUGAGGGCCAACAAACAAACAUACCUGAUGUGUGUUUAAUUCCUUUUUUCCCCACCUCCCUGAAGCUGGACCUAGCAAUACUUGACCACAGCAAAAGCUCUAAUUAUCUGUUUUCGAAACAGCUGAAUGAAUAAUAUUAGUUCAUUUCAAGACUAAGAAAAAAUUUAAAGUAUUUAAGAUGUCUAUAAGUUGUAAAGAAAUGUUUGAACAAGAAGUCAUUCAAACCUUUUUCUUUACCAUGUUUUGCUGUCCUGUUAAACAGAUACCAAAGAUCUACAUUGUCACACAGAUUUCACCAAUAGCAGUAAUUUGCAGAGUCCUAGGUAAUAAUGGCAGUUGAGAUAACUGUUCAAUGUUUUUAAAGCCCAGUCUCCUGCUGCAGGGGAUCUGUAAAGAUCUUAAUAAAGGCCAGGUGAGAAUGAGGUAAUGAACGCCAAACAUGACCACCAGCAUUACAUGGGUGGGGUGACUUCCAGCCCCACCUCCUCACCCGAUUGACUGUAGAAAUUUGCCACCUCCCCUCAGCUUGAGUUAAGAAGGUCACAUUCUCUCUAAACUGUCAAAGGUGUGCCAAAUCCUUUUUUGACCUGGUUUUAGUUGCUCAAUUCCACUUCAGAGGAAGAUUUGGAGUUGCUGCCGAUGUUCCCACAGCACAGCAGGAGACAGGGUCCCUCCCUAAUGAUCCAAAUCACUCCUGGGGCUUUUUCUGUAAGAGCUCUGGGCUGUGUCCUGCUCUCCAGCAUCUUGCUCCAUGCCCGCUCAUGUAGAGAGGUUCUGAAAGCGCUUACAAAAAUAAACGCUCUCACAAGAGGCAAAUUUCACUGAGUGAGUGCCCAGAGUUUGGUAGUGACAAACGAGAGAAGUUCUGAAUUAACAAGCAGAUUUCUAGAAAAUGUUUUUCAAGUUGUUUUGCAUACACAAGUUUUUAUUUUGACUAUAAACCGGGCCAGGGUUUCUGCUUAUCCUUAACAGGAAAAAGGGACAACUACUCAACCUUUCUGUUCAGAAUUGACCCAUCUUGAAAUGUGUACAGUCUGGACAUUGAUAUCUUUACUAGCCUAAUGAGGAGUUGCCAACUUGGUCAAGAAGAAAAAGAUCUUCCUGGCUAAAUGACAACAUUCCUUGACAGAGCCUUGCCAUUUUCAUCACGCUUGAGUUUUCAUACUGUGUAACACAAAGAAAGAGAUUUUUUCCAGAUAAAGUGCCUUGAUAAAGACAACCAACCAAUGUACAAUAGGCUUUAUAUUAACCUUUCCCUUCCAAGUCAUUUAAACUAUAAUAGAAGGCAAGAAAAAAAGGGAAAAAAGAGAAAAAUUGUGUCUUUACUCUGAAAAUAUAAUUAAAAUUGAUUAAUUAAUCUAUUCCUUCAGACCACUGAUCUCAGGCAUAAGUCCAGCAGAGAAAGAUCUAUCCAGUAGCACAGAAAAACUGCAGAGACCCAACAAAUAAUCAUGUGCCCCACCCAAAGGUAAUGAAUUAGACUUGGAAUGGUGACAAAGAAGAGGAGAUGCCUAUUUAGGGUCAUUCUCAAAACAACAUAUGAAUUUUCUACAGUAAUUUAAAAAAAUCAAACUUGAAAGCAUGUAUUGAACAAUUUAUUGCAGCUGGGUUACUUUUAAAACUUUGUCCAUAACUUUAGCACUAUACCAAAAACUACAACAGCAAAGAGCAAAGUGCAAUCCUGCACCACCUGUACAUGCAGACAAAAGUGGACAGUUGAAGACACAAAUAAAUAGGAUUUAAUGGUAAGAGUCAAUGGCCUUUUCCAAAUUAAAAGGUUCUAUGUUUUCUAGGCCUUCUGUUUCUUAGGUCAUGAAAUGACACAGUGGUAUGAAUCUGAGGAAUAUCUAAUGUGACUUCUGUUUUUACAUUCUUUGUACCCUUUAAACUAGGAAAUUGAUAAAGCAGUUGGAAGAAGAACAAACAAACACAACCACGUUUAAAACCUUUUUACUCUUUCUGUAUCAUAAAACACUUCAGGGUACUUCAGUGGGCAGUAUUUCUUAUUUGCAUAAGAACUUUGAAAAGAAAUCCACUGAAGGCUUUUUUUUCUUGGGAAUAAACUACUAUUUUAUACACAGGAUACAUAUCUUUGCUUAUUUCACACACAAAACCAAUUUUGUAGUGAUAAUUUACUGUCUGAUUUUCCCACCUCAUAAUUAUAGGCCUCCUCCAAUUAAAAUUUUUCACAAGCUUGAAAUUAAUAAACUAUCAUUCCAAUUUUGAAGUAAUUUUAUGAAAUCAAAUAGAUGAAAAAAUGCAUGCUGCUCUGAUUUCUUGAAUGUAUUCUAUAUUGUUGAAUUUGUGGGCAGGAACUUCAGAAAAAUGAUUACCAUAAUUAUUCUAUGGACAAAAUAAAGCAGUAUCAUUUUUUUCUUUUUGUCAGCAAGACAACAGAGUUAUUUCCCAUUGUGUGUGAAGUACAUUCUUUCUGAUAUGUUUUGAACAUAGCAUUUCUGGUCCUCUGGUUUCUACAGCAUUUAGUUUGGUCCACAUUUGGACAGCAGAGCUGUAAUUAAUCUGAGCUCUCAGCUCAUCCGAGUCCUGUUCUCCCUGACUUUAUUACAGCUGUUCCUCAGUGGCCUGUUUGCAUGAAUAUUUGCACUGCCCAGGUCCAUUUCCCCAUCCCAUAAUUUCACCCGUGCUUGAGAGCUGCAGCUGGGGAAGCAGAGUUUCAGAACUUGCCAUGUGGGUAUGAACAGAUUCAACCUUUCCACUGUACAGAACAGAGCUCUGAUUUUAAACAGUGUUUUACCACCCGGUACUGCACAAAUUCAAGUGGCUUUUUGAACCACAUCAAGUCCACAGUCAUCAGGUGACUGCUCCAUUUAUGUUCAAGGCAUUGGCACACAAAAAACUCAGCUGUGUUUUAUACUUCACUGUGAUUAUGGGCUGCUCACAGCACAUGGAUGUGGAUGUUGUCAGCAAAUACAAGAAACAUCAAAUAAAAGUUGUAUG